AUGCCUUUGCCUACAUGGCGAAAGACUGGGAGAAAAGCCAAUGCAAGGCACUUUGAGGGACUGGAAGUUGGAGCUUACAUUGAAUUCGUCGGCUACAACGAUCGAAACCGGCAACAAGGGAGGAUCCUAGGUUGCCUGGCUGAGACAGAGCCAUGUCACAGCCGAGAACGUGGAAUGGCGGCUCAGGUCCAUGUUCUUGCCAUUGAGGACGAGUACUUUGAGUACUGGCACAACCAGACGUUUGGAGAAUAUGAUGUGAGACUACUGACACCAGUCCACUUCUGUGAGGUCCCAAUUGCAAGCUGCCAAGGGCAGACCCGCUAUCGCAAUCCCCUACACGUUGACGUCUUCCGGGUGCUGUCUCUUGAGGACACUGCCACCCUUGGAUGGCUCACUGAUGUCCAUCGGUCCCGGUUCGAUGGGCCCGGCUCUCCUGGUGCGGGGGGUGCAGGCGAUGGUGCCGGCCCUGGUGCUGGUGCUGUUGCCGCUACUCCUGGUGCUGGGGACCUAGAGAACCAAGCUCGCCUGGGCGCCUUAAGAGCUCAAAAGGCAGAAAGGAUGGAGGCUGCUGAUGAGCGGGGCCAGGGGCCAGGACGUCGUGAGCGAGGAGACGAACGUGACCGCCCAAAGAGACGAGCUCAGUCGGGUGAUCUCCUCGAUGAGCUGCAGGGAAGGCGCCCCAAGGAACCUCGUCUAUCUGCCCUGGACUUGGGGAACUUGGAAAAGAAGGAAAAGAAGUUGAAGCAGAAGAAGAAGAAACAGAAGAAGAGAGAAGAAAAGGGCCAGGAAAGCAGCAGUGUGUCGACCUCCUCAACAUCAAGUGACGAUCAAGUUUUUCGAGGAGCCGCCCUUCCAAAAGGCAUGGAGCGACUGAGACGUGUUCAUCAGAGGCACCCAGGUCGCAUAGCGUCCCGAAGUCUUCAGAGAUUGCAAGAGCUUCUGAUGAACGCUCAGGGAAGGGGAACGGCAUUCCAGGAGGAGGAGACAGCGAUGCUCCCUGCCGUGGCAGUGGGUUACCUGACGCAGGUAUUUUUCCAGCAGCAUCCACCGAGCAUGGUGGGGCUCCGGUCAAGCAAGGAGCUGCGAACUUUAGCGCGUUGCAUAGAUCUGAUUUGCCGGAACGAUCCACUGAGAAGCCUCGAUGUGAUGAUUCAGAGACUAAAGGCCAUCGAGCUCUCCCACAUCCAGGGCAACUGGCAUCAGGCCUCGCAAUUGGAGCUCGUGAUGUCGGAGGAUCAAUUGGCGACAUUCCGACAGGAAGUCAAAGCAGCUCAGCAAGAGGUGAAAGCGGACUUGGCCCUGCAACAGGGAGCAGGCCAGAGGAGAUGGUCGAGACCCUGGAGAUACGAGGCGCCCGGGACAGGGGACGCUCCAAAGACCGGGGACGUGAAAGAAGGCGGCGGAGGAGACAAACUCCCCGACAAUGCUCAGAGGGAACCGAGGAAAGGCAAAGGAAAAGGCAAGAAAGGGGGGCAAGAAAGGAGGGUAUCGAUGGUGAGUGACCUACCUCCGUUGCGGCUAGAAGUGCUUGAACGAGCAGUUCAUUCAGAGGGCAUUGAGUCAGGUGAUCGUGAGGAGCUCCUGGCAGCCUUCCAACUCCCCAAGAUGCAGGAACUGUUCAAAGUUGUGAUCGAGAGCUAUGUUGGCGAAGAUGUCAGAAGGCGGCAGAGACUGAAUUUGCCAGUGCCCGCCAUGAUUCCUGGUUGCGAGCCCGCAGAGGCGCCAGAACCGCCCCAUCACCAUGGUGACGUUGAUCCUCAGGGGGCUGGUGUCAUACUGGACAAGUAUAAGAACUGCGAGUUUCAUGAGUGGACAGAAGAGUGGACUGGCGCUGAUGGAGGCGUCUACGUGGGAAAAGGCGCUGGUGCCUUGACGUGCUCAAUUUCCCAGGAGAACUACCAGGACUCGUUGGAGCCCCAGCUGGUGGGACAGGCCCUAGACGGGAGGCGACUCUAUCUUCUGAAGGAUGAACUCCAACUGGGGCGUGACCUGGUGGACAGAUUUGGAAUAGAGGGCCACGGUGAUAUCUGGUCGACCACAACCAGUGAGAAGUUUUUGAGGCACUUUGUGAAGGGCAAGGUGACUGUCUCCUUUUGCGGCGUGGUGCUCAAGAUGGUAUUGAGGGCCCGCCCUGGGCAUUUGGGAACGUUCGCACGUUUGCUGCCCUGCUGCGCUCGGAAACAUUUCAGACAGUCGCCCAUUGACCUUCUGCCGAUCAGGCUUCCCCAAGAUACCCUGGAAGAAAAGGCCCUCAUGAAGAAGCUCAACGGUAUGUUCACCCGGAAUGAGCCACCUCCAGCUGACCUUCAGAGCUUGAGGUGGGAAAAACAGUCACAAGAUCUUGGUGACAUGUACACGGGACAGGAGGUUCGCAAAGCCUACAAGUUGACCUGGGCCAGCAUAGCACCACACGUCCCAGGGCCCGGAGAGGCAGGCAGGAUCGAGUUGGCUGACACAGUUGAUCCAGCCCUGAGACCCUAUGUGAUUGACCCUGAGCUGGUGCGAAUUCCGGAUGAUGAGCUCCGUGAGCCCCCACCAGCAGCACCAGUGCUGGUUGAGAACAACUUUGAAUAUGAUCGGAUCAUCAGUCAUCUGGUUGAGUCAGGGAUGAUGGAGCGCGAGGUUGAGGCAGAAACUCUCACGGUCCGGGGACAGCCAGUGCUUAAUGGUCUCUUCGGGGUCCAUAAGGCCAUAAGGCGUGGGUUGUCUCUGGCCGGGGAAAGCCAUUACGUUAUCCUAGCUUAUGGCGAGGACAUAAAGCACUGCUUCCACAUUUUUGCCCUGGGCCCUUCCUGGCGGGGAUACUUUGUGAUCUCCAAGAAGGCCUCUGGCACAUGCUUCAAGUCUUCUCUGGAGAGAAUGGGAACCCUUGCUCGCCAAGUGGUGCGCAUGGGCGAGCCUUCACCGCUGUUGGAGCUCCGCACACCCCGGGACUAUUACAGCUUCUACGUGGACAACUUUGAUGGCUUCAAAGUCGUCGCCGCAAAUGAGGUGGGAUCCUAUGAGGGACGACCUAGUGAUCAACAGUUGCAGCUGAGGGAGGUUUUCAAAUGCUGGGGGGUAGGCACUGACCCCAAGAAAUCUGCAGAGGGAACACUUCAAUGGCAAAGCUUGGGUGCCGAGCAACUUGGUGCUGAGGGCGUGGUCGGCAGUGCACGCAAGUUUCGGAGAGCGCUCCUGGGUGCCAGUUUGGAGCUUCUUGGGAACGCUUCGACCGUCAGAUGUGAGUCUCGCGACCUGCUGUCGCUGGUGGGAAAACACAUGCACUCAGUGCAAUACUGCCGGCCACUUGCCUCAUGCUUUGACGAGGUCUACAAGGCAAUGAACUCUGGGGCGUCAAUAAAAACCAUGCCUCUCUCCGCGGUGGAUGACCUGAUGAUGGUGACAGGGAUGCUGCCUCAGCACUGGAUGGACCAACGGCUUCAAUUCUCCCCGGUUGCCUACGCCACAGAUGCUUCCGAAGAAGGUGGAGGUGCUUGUAGUACCAUUGGUUUGACGGCGCGCGGGCGUGCCAAGUGCCACAUGGGGUGCUGCGAGUCGUUUGAUUAUGAAGGAGGACAAGCUGAUCCUGUGGUGCUGAUUGAGGCUUUUGGCGGCAUUGGAGGGCUUCGGCGUUCAACGCUCUUCCCUCGUGCUGCUGAAGUUGUGCUGGGGGGAGGCUGGCCUUGUGUGAACCACUCCUCUUUGAACAAGAAUCGCCAAGGAGCAGCGGCGGCCCCUUCGCGGUUGCUGGACGACCUCCUGAGAAUUGCGGAGGAUUUGAAGACCAGCAGCCGUGCACUGAAGCUACCUGACUGGCAGGUCAUUGAGUUCUACGAGAAUGUGGUCAUGGAUGAGACCGAUCUCGUCGUUCAAUCUGAGGCCAUUGGCUGCGACCCCAUUUUUGUGGAGGCGGCAGAAGUCUUGCACUGCCGCAGGCCCCGGCUCUUCUGGAUCAAAGGACUGGAGGUCAUAGAGGGCAAGGACCUCGUGCUGUACCGUGACCAGCAAGUGGGAACCCUCACCAAAAAGCUCACUCUGACAAGAUUCACGGUGAAGAAGCCACCCUUGGAGCUGUUUCUCCGUGAAGGAUGCAGUAAGCUGACACAGAAGGAGGAGCCCUUCUUCACCUUCGCACGCCCGCAUCCCAAAGCAAGUGAGCCACGGGAAGCUGCUGGGUAUGAUCGCUGCAAUGACAAAACCCUUGGCAGAUGGAGAGGUGAUGCUUGGAGACUUGCGCCUUACCAGUACAGCGACCAAAACAUGGUUCGCUCUCCUCAUGGCGUCCGAAGAUUGCUCGGAGUUGAACAGCUGCGGAUGUUAGGCUACAACAGUGAUCAUUUUCAGAUCAAACAGAAAAUCAGUGAGGAUCAGCAACAACAGCUCACUGGCAACACUUGGCCGGUCUUGGUAGUGGCCCGUCUGCUGGCUGCGAUGGCAAUUCCGCACAAGCAUUUUGCUGAGAAGAACAUCACAGAGGAGCUCUGGGAGGUCUGGCGCUCUUUGGAGGAGCGCGUUACCCAGCUGCGGAGCCAGAGCUGGGCGGUCAAGUUUGGUCCGUUGGCAGGGGCUGGAGCAGGGUCCUUUCACCUUCGUUCGCGUUUGGUGGAGGGUGCCAGCCAGCGCUUCAGUUCCGAUGUCAAGAUGGAGAGCGGAAUCCCAUUUUGCGCCAGCGACUUUGCGCGCCGCUCAGUGGACCCAACGUUGUGGGCCUGGAAAGUCCUGAUGAGUUACAGCUGGAAACAGUCAGGCCAUAUCAACCAGCUCGAAGCUAUCGCAGUGCUUGACCUCCUCAAGAAGCUGGGACGGUCCAAAGACAACCACCUCAAACGCAUUUUGCUCAUGGUGGACAACACAACGGUGCUCAACAUUCUUGCCAAAGGCAGAACGUCGUCUUCCCUUUUGAAACCCACAUUGAGACGUACAGCAGCUCUCCUGCUCGCAUGCUCCUUGUGCCUGGUGCUGGCCUGGGUCAAGUCCGACUACAGCCCGGCUGAUGGCCCUUCACGCUGGAAGGGCAGAAAGAAAAGGAUCCAUGGCCAGACGUAA